CUUAUCCUGCCCACCAUGUCGAGCUCUCACGUUGUUAUCAUCCCGGGUGCCUGGAUGUCCGCUUUCUAUUUUGAUAUCGUGAAGUCCAAACUCGAAUCCUUGGGCUACAACGUUCACGUGCGUCAGAUGCCUGCAGUUGGUGCUACCGAUCCGCCCCAGGACUUAUCUCGGGAUGUUGCCGCAGCUCGAUCUCUGGUAGAAGACGCCAUUGGCGACGGCAACGAUGUUGUCGUCAUUGCACACAGCUGGGGAGGCAUUGUGGCCGGCACUGGGCUGACUGGACUUGGGAAAAAAGAAAGAGCAGCCGAAGGCAAGAAGGGCGGUAUCACACGGGUCGGUUACAUUGCAGCAUUCCUUGUUCCGGAGGGAACAAGUUUGAUUGAUGCGGUUGGUGGUACAGUCCCAGCAGCUUUCGACGUGAAGGGGCCAUAUGUCUACGCCAAAGAUCCCGGCGCAAUUUACAAUGAUCUCUCUGCUUCCGAACAACAAUUCUUCUACUCUAAACAACAAUCCCAUUCGUUUGCCACGUUCACCACCAAAACUACAGCCGCGAGUUGGAGACAAAUCCCGACAAGCUAUUUGCUGUGCGAAGAUGAUGGGGGGCUCCCAGCAUUGGCGCAAGAGGCUAUGAUCAAAGGGGUUCAGGAUGCAGGAGGAGAUAUCGAGGUGCGGAGGAUGAAAGUGGGCCAUUUCCCGUUCUUGAGCCAGCCAGAUGAAACUGUCAAGUGGAUUGAGACUGUACCUAGAUAAGGCCUCAAUGCGUGUCUGAUGGGCAUAAGCUAGCUUAGUGAAAUUUCAUGUAAACGAGCAGCCGCUGAGAGAGUGAUUCAUGUAUAGUCCGCAUCCCGUCUCACCGUAUCUUUGCUUUUCCUCGCGUGCUGGCGUAGACCGAACAGCAUUGAUAUGGAUAUUUACCCCUGAGGAAGUGCCGAAAUCUAAUGUCGCUCUUCGGCGUUUGUUCUAGAUGAUAAUCUUUGUUCUAGUCUCUGGCCUG